AUGGCUUCCGCCUCGCCGUCGUGGGCCAUCCUGGGCAGCGUGCCGCGGGUGCUGGCUGCCGACGCCGACCUCCCUCCGGGCGCCGACCUCUCCCUCGCGCUGCCGGAGCCACCGCGCGUUGCGAUCCUCACCAUCCCCCCGCGCAUCUUCCCGGGCCGCACCACCUCCAGAAGCUUCCCUUCCGUCCGCGCCGUCGACGCGUCCGGCCUCCUCCUCCUCCACGCCGACCAAGGCCCCGCCAAGGGCCCCACCGUCAUCGACCUCCCCAGCCGCCGGGAGUCCUGCUGGCGCCCAAACGUCGCGGGAUACUUCGUCCUCGACGCCAAAUCCGCGUCCGCCCUCCCGCUUCCCAACCCCGAGUACAUCAUGCACCCGGGCCACCUCGGCCUCAUCGCCUCCCCCGCCGACGCCGGCCACUACAUGGUCGCUGAGCUCCAGAUGAUCCUCGGCGGCGACCGUGCCGACCUCCUCUGCUUCUCCUCCGAAGCCGGGGAAUGGGUCACCAAGGACGUCCGCUACCCGCUUCCAUCCCGCCCCUUCAGCCCCAACGGCGUCGUCUCGCACUCCGGGAGGCUUUGGUGGGUCGACCUCUCCUGGUGCCUCCUCACGUGCGACCCCUUCGCCGACGCGCCGGUGCUGAGGGUCGUCCCGCUUCCGGAGGGCAAGGCGCUCAAGUCCAGGGAAGCUUGGGGACUGCUCGACAAGUACCGCUGCGUGGCUGUCAGCGGCGGCAAGCUGCGGUUCGUGGACAUGUACAGGAACCGUAACAGCGGCGGCUCUGCUCAGAUCGGCGUCUGGACGCUCGCCGAUCCGGACUCCACGGAGUGGACGCUGGAGUAUGAGGCCACCUUUACAGAGAUCUGGGACGACGCAAGCUACAAGGCGAUUGGUCUGCCCAGGAAGAUCCCCGUGCUUGCGCUCAUCCACCCUACGAACCCCGACGUGGUCUACUUCUUUCUGGACGAGCACCUGCUCGGCGUGGACGUGCGUGCUCGCAAGGUUGUGGAGUGUGAGGUCUACGAGCUGGUUGCGCCACCUAGCCAGCACGUGGGCACCCGUUUCGUUCAUGCUUGGCAGCUGCCACAGGCUCUCUGCUCAGAUGAUGAUGUUACGUGUCCUUUUCAAUCGUCUCGUGUCCCCAAACCAGUAUGCAAGUUCUUCCUUCCAUUACAGGGUUGUAAAAAUGGCAACUCUUGUUCAUUUUCACAUGAUUGUGGCUCCUCAAACUCGAAAAAUGGAGAUGGGCAUGAAGUGGAGUCUGGUUCAGGGACAAAUGGUAUUAACCUGUUAGAUGAAAUAAAUGUUUUCAUUAGGCAUGGGGGCCCAACCUUAUCACUGCAGGUGAAGUUGGAUGAACCCUCGAAGCUCAUGAUGAACACGCUUCGAACUAGAACAAGGAAUUAUUUUGCUGAUAUAUAUGUCUGUUAUGGGCUGAAAGUUAUACACCCUGAUCAUACACUGAGAUCUUAUGGUGUGUUAAACAAUUGCACCAUCAAGCUUUCAGGAAGGAUCCGAGGUGGACUAAUAAUAUUUGCUAUUCUCCUUAAGAGAAAACAUGAUGGACUUCUUGGAAAUGAAUUGAAAAGGUGGAACACAUGUAUACAUCAGGCAAUGGUCCCUGUUGAAUUUGAAACAAGUUUGGAUAAGGUUCCUGUGUUUGAAGAUGUUUUUAAGGCGGCGGCGGAACGGAAGGAGGAAUAUUCAAAGACCAAAUUUUCUGCAUUUCGUCUCUCUAGAGAUUAUCCAGUACAUGUCCUUAGCCAUAAGAACGUUACAACUAAAGAAAAUUCAGUUUCCACUACGGUUGAACGUUUUGAAGACGACAGCGGUCUGGAGCUGAUGCUGGCAGCCCACAUGCCACAAUAUCUUGCUACCUUACACCAGUCACUUAUAGUUGAGGGUGUUGAUAUCUAUAGAGAACUCAGCCAUGUUAUUGUCCGAUGCGAGGAAUGCAUGAUAUCUGAUCCUUUGUUAGUGAUAUCCACUUUCAAGAAUGGGAUUUGGGGCUCGCAAGAUAAAGGUAGCACUUCGACUGGUGGCGCACCCGCUGCGCAAGUGGCCCCCGCUGUGCAAGUGCCCCCCGCUGUGCAAGUGCCUCCAUCCGCUUGGCAGGUGCCUUUGGUUCACAGACCGCAAGCGCCAGCGCCUAGGGCUGGCCCACCGGGCGCGCAAGCGCCAGCGCCAAUGGCUCGCCCACCUCGCCCAAGUGCUUGGCAGUCUGGAACUAAGACCUUAGCCCAUCGCCGGUCUUAAAGCUGUAGCCCAAUACAAGUUCAAUGAAUGCUUGAACAAAGAUUUCUUAAGUGUAGCACUUGUUGCAAACAAUACAUAAUUUGUCAUUAAUUUAAUUCCUUUACCUAGUA